AUGGAGAAGCUGUUACUGCGAGAACCGAUUCACAGUGUGGACUCUGUCCGAGGUGAACGUAAUGAACCAGCGAAUUUGAGGCUUUCUGCAGAAUUUAUUGCAGACGUGAAGAAAAUGCCUGUAGAAGAAGUGAUAUCGAAGACAACCGAAAAUGCUGAGAUACUGUUAGGUCUCAAAAGUGAAUGA